GCCGAGGUUAGCUAGCAAGCAAGCGGUGGAGGGAGAGAUGGAGAGACUACUGGCGAUGAAAAAACAUAAUUAUUUAUUGUCAAUUAGAUUUAAUUUUAAUGUCCGUUAUUUGCAGUCAAUUUAUUUUUAAAUAAUGUUUUGUUUUCAUGCAACGUAAGCUAGCUUUGUAGAGCUAGCUACUGUACUGGUAGUAUCGUCACGAACCUUAGUCUCCUGUGCUGUGGCUAAACUAGCGGGAUUGAAUGAUACACUAAAAACGCCAGAGAUAGUCUGGCUUUGCUGUCUCUCAAACUAGUUUUUCCCCUAUGGUCCUAAUCAAAUUCUCACACAUACAAAACGCAGUUAGUAACUGGCUAGAACACAUAGCUAGUUGGCUAAAAAGAAAAGCAACGGUACCGUUAUUUGGUUAGCUAACGUUAGCUUGCUAACUGGGCCUGGAAUGGAGCCAGGUGAUUUGCGUGUGAGCCCAGCCGGCUCCGGUGACCCCGAAGUGGGCGAAUGGAGGGAAGAGACGCCUGGUGCGGAUGCUGAGGCGAAGGGCGGGGAACCAAAUGACAAGGAAAUGAAUGGAGAUACAACUGAAACGGUGCUAAAAGAGAAAGACACCUGCGAGGGAGAAGAGUGUACAGAGAAGAACGAAGGUGAACUACACAGCCCAUAUGAAGAGGAAUUGGAUCCCAGAAUUCAGGAGGAGUUGGAACACCUCAACGAGGCCAGUGUAAAAAUCAACCAACUAGAACUGCACUUGGAUGAUGCCAGAUCGGGUUACAGGAAGAUCCUCACAGACUCAGCCAGAAAACUGAACGCCCACAGCUCCCAGCUAGGUACCUGCAUCGAGAAGGCCAGGCCCUACUAUGAGGCUCGUCGACUUGCCAAGGAGGCUCAGCAGGAGACCCAGAAGGCGGCUCUGAGCUAUGAGCGGGCCGUCUCCAUGCACACGGCUGCCAGGGAGAUGGUGUACGUGGCAGAGCAGGGCCUCAUGGCCGACGGCAGGAACACCCUGGACCCCACCUGGCAGGAGAUGCUCAACCAUGCUACCUCCAAGGUGAACGAGGCAGAGGAGGAGCGCCUACGCAGCGAACGGGAGCACAUGCGUGUCACCCACUCUUGUCAGACGGCAGAGGCUCGAGUCCAGACCCUGCAGAAAUCUCUCAAGAGGGCCAUCGUUAAGUCCAAGCCUUACUUCGAGCUCAAGGCCCAGUUCAACUACAUACUUGAGGAGCACAAAACCAAAGUGAUGCAGCUGGAGGAGCAUGUGACCAAAGUGAAAAACCGCUACUCUGUCGCCCUGCACAACCUGGAGCAAAUCAGCGAGGCCAUCCACGCUCAGCGGGGGCGGGACCAAACCGAUGGUGGACAAACCAUGGCCUGUGGUGGGCGGAGUCCCCCUAUUGGGGCGGAGUCGGACAGUGUGGUGUGUGGUGUCGAGGGCGGGGCAUGUGGAGGAGGGGCAAUAGAGACUGAUAGGGUGGACAGAAGCAGCGUGGUGGAUAAGAAAAUUGGUUUGGUGGAGAAAUACAGGGAGAGCGGGGGAGAGAGGCCCGAGACACAUGGAGAGAGAGCAGGGUCAGAUUCCCUCUCCGUCUUCAGUCUGCAGACCAUCGCUUCCGACCUAGAGAAAUGUGAUUCCAUCGAACACCUCGGAGAAUUUAGUGAUGUGGGCAGUCUGCCUGGGGAGGAUGGAGAGAAUGAGAGAGGGGGAGGGAGGGAAAGAAGGGAAGGGCAAAUGCAGCGCCAACAGCAGUUCCUGAAGCAACAUCACAGGAGCUUCAGCUUGUGAGAGCUGUCCUUAUCGCUUAUAGUUUAUCAAUUGAAAAUAAGUGUCCGGUCUAGCUAGCUCAUUAUCCUGGCAAAAGACCAAAAUAUAAAAUAUGAGGAAAAUCAGAUCUGCUGUAUCUAAAGUAACACAUUUUAAACAGGGGGGUAUGAUACUCAGUAGUAAUGAAGCACAGGUACGUUGACAAGACCUGAAAAUAUAAGGAGCCUGACAGGUUUUGCAUCAUAUUACAACUACUGAAACUCCUAGACUGUACAUGCCUCUGAGAUUAGCUGCUUUACUUCCCUUAUUCUGGCAAUAACGAAACCGUAGACACAUAUGUCCUAGUGCAUGAAGGAACAAUCAAAGUAAGAGACUACAAUAAACAUGACAACUGGGAGCCCUAUUCAAUCUAAACGGCGGUAACCGAAUUUCUGGUGUAAGUUAAAAUCAAUGUUCUUUUGCAACAAAAAAGUAAGUGAAUUCAUAUGUACGCUCCAUUUUUGUUGUUUCAUACUGUAGAUAUUGUUUAUUUUAGUACAUAAAUGUAAACGCGUAUUAUAAAAUGUGCAAGAAGAAUUCGUUUUUUUUGGUACUUAUUCUGAAAACCUGGUUUCAGGGUUCGAAUCAAUAGGACCCCAAAACAAACUAGAGGGUUACAAACUCCAUUCUGACAACUUGCGUGAUGACAGAAAGCACUCCAGACUAUUUAUUUGGACUUUUAUUAUAUGUGUACUAGUAUUCAGGUCUAACUAAACAUUUUUAUAAAUUGUUCAUAAAAUAUCACGCUGGCAUAAUAUUAUGUUUUACUUGUUUCAAUUUUAAGCCCAUCAUUUUAAGAUACUUUGUUUUUGUAUUUUUUAAAAUAAAAUCAUUUCCCAAUAUAUUGUUUCUUUAGAGCCUCCUGGGUCGUAAAUUGAAAUGUGCCUUGUCCUUGACACAGUACUACGCAAACAAAGACAGCAUAGCACUGGCUGCAACAACAUACUGUUCAGAUCUGUGUAUACAGUAUUAAACUGUGGUCAACAGUUGAGAAAUACUCCCAUGAAGGACAUGCUUUUGACCAUAUGUUUAAUUAGAAAUUAUAAUAAUUGGUGUCAUCCUAACUCUGUUUUGCCUGGACUUGUUAUAUUUAUUUUAUUAAUUUGAAUAUGUUGUCUGUGUACUGCUUUGGCAAAGUGGAGGGUACAAGAAAUGUAGUCAAUGGAUUAAAUGUAAGUUUGUGUAUAAUUACAACAUUUAUAGAGAAAAUAAUGAAAUGUACAGAUUUAUUUGAAGGUCUUUGUAUAGUUAUUUUAAAGGGAUCUUAUUUAAUGCUGGUUAUCUGCUGUAUUCCUGAUUUGACCUCCGUCUCUGUCCCGCUCUUUACAUACUUCCAAUAUAUCCAUCUCUUCCCCUCAUUCUCUCAGCCAUAGAAAUAGAAUGACUAGCAAUUGUAUUUCUAUGCUUUCAACCCUUCAAUCAUUGUCCAUUUGAUGUCUUCCUCUUUAUUUAUUCAUAAAGUGGUGCAGUAGUGUGAUGUCACCCAGCUAUAUAGUACAGUUCACUGUUGUUAUUUACAUGUAUGCAAUAUCAAACAGGUAAACAAUAAAAUAAGAGUAAUCUUGACUUUUUGCCAUUUUAAGACCCAAUAUAUUGUAUUUUGCAAUAUGUCUUCUACUUCAUACUGUACUUCAACACUAUCUAAGGAUGAAGAUGUGAUACUAAAUUACAGAUUUAGAAGAAGAGGAGAAUGUGGGGUUUGCAGAAAAAGCGAGAGAGUUGGGAGGAGACAGGAAAAGAGAUGAGUUAUAUUUUAUCCCCCCUGCUUCAAUUAUUCAACAGGAUAUAAAUAUGAAGGAGACUUGUGCUCUCAGGAAUAGAUGUCUGGAGAAGAGGAGGGAGGGGGAUACCAAAUCCUGUAUUGUAAGAACAUCUCUGGUGUUACUAACGCUGAAAAUAGAGGCUCAAUGUUGUAGAAACGA